AUGGCGACCGUGUCGCUGCUCAACGUGUCCGUCCGCAACAAUCCAGCCCCCUUCAACUCACCCUACGAGUUCGAGAUCACCUUCGAAUGUCUCGAGCCAUUGCAGAAGGACCUGGAGUGGAAGCUCACUUACGUCGGAUCUGCCACUUCCUCUGAGCACGACCAGGAGCUGGACUCGCUGCUAGUCGGCCCAAUACCGGUGGGCGUCAACAAGUUCGUCUUCGAGGCAGACCCGCCAGACACCAAGCGCAUCCCCGCGACCGAUAUUCUUGGUGUCACCGUCAUCCUGCUGUCCUGCUCAUACGCCGAGCGCGAGUUCGUUCGCGUGGGCUACUACGUCAACAAUGAGUACAUGGACCCAUCCAUGAACGAGGAGCCACCAGCCAAGCCCGACUUUGACAAGAUCCGCCGCAACAUCCUCGCAGACAAGCCCAGAGUCACGCGAUUCCAGAUCAAGUGGGAUUCUGAGGAGAGCGCU